AUGCCGCUUCAGAAAUCAUACUCUGAGCGUGUAGGCUUGUCAAAGAACCGCAGUCCGUGGCAACGGUCACACAGUCAUCCCGCCAAGCUACAAGCUCAAAGACCGAGACCUUUACCGCCCGUGUCCGAUGUCACAAAGACAAAACUAAGCAAGUUCCAAUACAAGCCUUCCAACGAUGACUCUACAACAUCUGCAAUGGGCGAGGCCAGUGGUACGCCCACCAAGACCAAGGAUGUCCCCAGUACAGGAGCAACAGUUGCAGGAAACGCCAUCACACCUGUAACUCGCCUGAACUGGAGCGAUCUGCCGGAGCCGAAUGCUCUGCCGGCGGAGAACGAAGUCGAUAUCUCGCCAAACGACAAACUGCUAUGGAAUAACCAGCAAGAUACUCUGUACGCAGCUGCUUUGUCUCCAAUGAUGCCUCGGAAGGGCAAGAAACGAGCUCGAAGUUCGUCGCCGACAUCAUCGCCGGCGACAGACAAGGGAAGCUUCCCGGCCGUCAAUGUUGAUAAACUGAAAACGGCCCUGAGGUCACCCCACGCAGACCCAACCUUGGAAUUAUGGGAUCGAUAUUCGUUAAAUGGGCCGGAGAUUAUGACAACGCCCAAGGGGGCGGUUAAUCCUGUUCUGGCGCAGCUAAUGGUUUCAUCAUCUCCAAAACCAUCGAAAGAUACAUCCGGUCGUCGAGGCGAUGCCAAUCUACGGAGAGCAAUCAGUUGUGGCUUGAAUUGGCCAAAGAGGAGGAAGGUAGAGAGGUCUAAAUCAGGAAGCCAAAGCAGUAGUCAGCAACGAGAGAUGGAAGCUGCCUCAAAAUCAUCCCUUGUCACCGCACUUCUGGACACGGUCACGAGCAGCAUCAACGAACCGAGUCCUAGUCGGACACAGGAGCAGCUCAUGCAGUCGCCGUCACCUAAAAAGAGGAAGGUAUCCCCUGAGAAUGCAGAAACACCUUGCCGUGCAAAGACAACGCCGCAGCCAUCAUCCUCAACCUCUGACUAUGGUGAUGACGAUUUCGACGACGACACCUUCAUGGAGCUGGAAGCCAGUAUGCAAGUUACUAGCACCACGAACUCACCACCACUAAACAGUAUUGAUAAAAAGGAGCCGGAUCAACGACGACCCGUGCAAUGGCAAACAGACAAGUCCAUGGAUUUGCUUGAAGAAUUCAAUGGUAUUGAAAACGAUGGCGAACAUGGAUUGGCUAUCUCAACACCCAAGCGACAGUCAACAACCUUCCAAACUUCUAAAGUGCAGGAGAGCCCCGGCGACGAGUUUGGCGAUGAUUUGGACGUUGACAUUGACUUCGAUGCCGUCGAACUGGCCGCAACACAAUCGCUACGACAACUCGAACCGCCACCCGAAAGUAGCAAACAAAAAGCGAAAACCAUUCAGCGAUACUUAGUGACGAGUGUUUUAGACGGUGAAUUCGUCGAUAAAUAUGGCGUGACUCGACCAGAGAAGAUUCUCAUCAUUCAAGCUGAUAAUUCUAAAAUCACUCGAACAGUACAUCUUCGGGGUGCUUGGUUCGAUACUCCAGCACACACGAAUUCCUAUGUUCACGUCAUUGGCACGUUUUCAGUACGCGGCCAGUGUAUAGUGGAUGAUGCACAAAAUCUGCUCAUUUUGCACCCAGAUCAAUUAAUUUCGUCCACUGUCGUUGCUGACUCCUUUGGCUGCAUGCGCAGAGCUGUGCUGCAAGACCGUGUUAAAGCUACCAGCGAGGCAUCCCCACCUCUUGUCUAUGGCACCAUGCUUCACGAGAUAUUUCAGGAGGCUCUGAUGGCUAAUCAGUGGGAUCUACCGUUUCUUGCUCGUGUCAUUGACGGCAUCAUGGAAAAGCAUGUUGAAGACCUGUACACAAUCAAAGUCGGGUUGCCCAGUGCCAAGGAGCAUCUCUUAUCGAAAAUGACUGAGUUGAGCUGCUGGGCAAAGUCUUUUGUCUCUCCAAAACCGCAGGUUGAUGCGAUUGUGGAAGAUCGAAAUGGAAAGAAGGCAAAUAUGGCCAUCACGAAGCUUCUUGAUGUUGAGGAACACGUUUGGUCGCCAAUGUACGGACUUAAGGGCAAUAUAGAUGCCACUGUUGAAGUCACCAUGGCCGACGGGAAACGAAGCAGAACCCUGACGGUUCCAUUCGAGGUCAAGACAGGCAAACAUGCAAACAGCAAUCACAUGGCACAAACUGCACUCUACACUCUCCUCUUAUCUGACCGUUAUGAUAUCGACAUUGCCUACGGCAUUUUGUAUUAUAUGGAAACCUCGAAGACGAUGCGAAUUCCCGCCAUUCAACACGAGCUACGACACAUGAUCCUCCAGCGAAAUCAGUUGGCGUGCUAUAUCCGGGAGAGGAGUGUGCAGCUACCACCAAUGUUGAAAAGCAAGCACAUGUGCGGGAAGUGUUAUGCCAAAACGUCAUGUUUCACUUACCACCGCCUUGCGGAUGAUGGUGACGGCGAAUCUAGCGGCAUGCAUGAGAAGUUUGACGAACUAGUCAAACACCUAACACCAACUCAUCAAGAAUUCUUUGUGAAAUGGGAAAAUCUUCUCACCAUGGAAGAGAAAGAAAGCCAAAAGACAAAGCGAGAGCUCUGGACAAUGACUAGCACACAGCGUGAGAAAAAGUCGAGGUGCUUUGCAGAUGUUAUCAUUGAAGAAGGGUCUGCAUCUGUUGACACCGACAACCCGCGCAUCAACAGGUUUCAUUACACAUUCAUCAAGAGGAACCCUCCACCAGGCUUAUCAUUUUUGGAAUCAGAAUUGACGACUGGAGAGCCAGUGGUGGUGUCAGAUGAAGAAGGUCAUUUUGCGCUGGCUAUUGGAUACGUUACAUCCGUUCGCAAGCAACGGAUAAGCGUCGCCGUUGACAGAAGGCUACACAACGCACGGAUUCGCCAGCCUGAUUUUGAUGAGGUGGAUAAUCAAGUGUUUGCGAGCAUCAUGGAUGUGACGCAACAAGGAACAACCGCAAGUCAGGCGCAACAUCAGCGCAAGGAGCCUCCCGUACGCUACCGACUCGACCAAGAUGAAUUUAGCAAUGGCAUGGCCACAGUCAGAAACAACCUCGUGCAAAUGAUGGCAAACGACGUACCAGCAGCUGCUCAAAUACGACGACUUAUUGUUGACUUAGCGCCUCCGAGGUUCAAGACGGCUCCUACUCAGUAUACAGUUGCAGAUGGAGAGAGCCUAAACGUUGACCAGAAACGAGCUAUAGAGAAAGUCAUGAGCACGCAAGAUUACUCGUUAGUCCUUGGUAUGCCAGGUACCGGCAAGACGACUACAAUCGCACACAUCAUUCGAGCACUUGUAUCACAGGGCAAGACUGUACUGCUCACGUCUCACACCCAUACGGCGGUGGACAACAUAUUGCUAAAACUCGCAGCCGACAGGAUCCCGAUCCUCCGACUGGGAGCACCAGCAAAGGUUCACCCAGAGGUCCAAGACUUCGCGCACCUUGCUGGCCAGCCUAAGAAAAACUUUGACGAGAUCAAAGAGGCUUGGCAUGGUACGCCCGUUGUUGCGACCACUUGCUUGGGCAUCAAUCAUCCGGUUUUUCUUGAACGAUCGUUCGAUUAUUGCAUCGUGGAUGAAGCAUCUCAAAUCACACUUCCCAUCUGCGCAGGGCCGAUUCGAAUGGCACGCUCAUUCGUUCUCGUUGGUGACCACAAUCAGCUACCACCAGUUGUGCGAAAUGAAGAUGCACGGGAGGGCGGCCUUGACGUUAGCUUGUUUAAGCUGCUUUCGGAUACUCACCCGGAGGCUGUCGUUAAUCUCGAACAUCAAUAUCGAAUGUGCGAGGAUAUUAUGACACUCAGUAAUACUCUGAUUUACGAGGGAAAGCUGCGGUGCGGGACGGAAUCGUUGCGAAGGAAGAAGCUUCAUGUCCCAAAUAUCAAUGCACUUAGCCAGGUUCACUUCAACGCCUCUUCGUUGGCCCAUCCAGGGACGCCAAAAUCGUUUUGCACUGGCCCUAACCCAUCUCGAUGCUGGCUCUACGAUCUCCUGGAAAGCGAGGCUCGUGUUCGGUUUGUAAACACGGAUACCAUCAGACCUCUGGUUCGGGAAGAGGCUCAAGGGAAGCGCAUUGUCAAUUCAGCGGAAGUCCGGCUCGUAUCACAACUAGUGGAAAGCCUUCUGGCGGUUGGAGUGCCGGCAUCCGAAAUUGGCGUCAUGACACACUACCGAGCCCAGUUGUUCCUUCUGAAGGACCAACUAAAGGGUUAUGCUGGUGUUGAAAUGCACACGACGGAUCGUUUUCAAGGACGAGACAAGGAGGUAGUUGUCCUCAGUCUUGUGCGAAGUAACGAAGGAUGCAAUAUUGGAGACUUGCUCAAAGACUGGAGGAGAAUCAACGUUGCGUUUACGCGAGCCAAAACAAAGCUCCUUGUUGUAGGAAGCAUGAAUACUUUGAAACACAGCGGAAAGGAGAAUAUGCUUAGUAGAUUUAUUUCUUUGAUGGAAGAGCGGGACUGGAUAUACAACCUGCCAGCGGAUGCCCUGGAGAGCCAUCAUUUUGAAGAAUUAAGCACGCCAAUGACUGUCGCUCCGACACCAAAAUCGAAAUCGCCAAAGAAGGCGUGGAAGAGAGGAAAUUUCAGCCCGGAUGGGAAGGAGAAUCGUCGGCCAUCACCAAAGAAGGCGAGAAUCGGUGAACGGGCGCUCUUGAAAGGGAAACUGGUAACGAGGGAUAUUCUGAAUGAAAUGACUAACGGCGCAUAUAUGGGUGUUUAG